ACGACGGAGAUCUCCUUGUGAGGAAACGCCACUGACCGAAGCCGUGGCGUGACUAUCGUUCACUUAACGCAUGUACGCUAACGCCGAGUCACGCCGCGGUGAUAUUGUUUUUUAAUUGUUUUUUAUUGAGAUAACAACGUAAUGUUAGCUAACUUAAAGAGAGGGUCGCGAGCUAACGUUAACACGGCAGCUGUGUCAAGUUGCAGUCCGCCGCAGAGGGCAGCAGCUUCAACCCACUGGACGUGUUUUAUUGUCAUAUCAAGUGUUGUGCUCGUGUGUCAGCAGUUAGCGAGCCGCCCAGCACCCGCUGUCUAACGACCAGUGAGCUAACCGGGUUGUUUCGUGUUCGUGAACGGGGCUUCCCUCCGCCACUCCGCUUCUCGGAAAGAGAAUAACAAUAUGAAAAACGCAACGCGCGUGAGCUCCUGCUGCUCUGCCCGGUAGUCGAAUAACUUCACGUGAGUUACAGGCAUAUGUCCAGUAAGUCGCCCCAGUGCGUGUCGCCAAGACGAUGCCGAUGUUUUUGGCGCAUCACAGUGAAGUCGUCACCGUGUCGGGUGAACAGUCCGUUUCCAGCCUGCAGCGCGCCCCUCUCCUUAUUCCUCCCCGUCUGUCCUCCAUGGGCUAGCGUAUGUCAUUUUGCCUGCGCGGGGUAAGUUACACAACCAAAAUAGAAACACGUGUCUGUAGGCGGAGCUGGUUAAAAAAAAAAGCAGGUUUACUGAUCAACAAAGACGGUUUAGCGCCGCAGAGAAGAACCGCUGUGUCGCAGGUCUUUUCUUCUUCUUCUCUUUCUCGUGAUUUAUAAACGCAAGCGUGUCGGUUUGAUCAUGCAUUUCAGAUGAAGGGCAGAGGUGCGGACUCAACAUGUGUUUUCUUUCCAGAGAGGACGAUGAUACGAACAUGAUAAACGCCAAUGGCUUCUCAAAAUGCGAGGCGACUCUGCAAGAGCGAGGCGGAAGGAGGCCGCCCGCGGAGAUGCUCCAUCUGCUGUCAGCUGUUAUUGUUUGGCUGGUGACCGGAACCACCAUCUCCAGCCUCAACAAAUGGAUAUUUGCCGUGUACAACUUCCGGUACCCUCUGCUGCUGUCAGCGCUGCACAUGCUGACCGCCAUAGUGGUGGUCUAUGGGCUGAUCAAGCUGCAGGUGGUCCGCCGCAGAGGGGUCGAGGAACGGGAACUGAGCCACAGCGCGAAGUGCAAGGUGUUCAUGUUGAGUCUGACAUUUUGUGCCAGCAUCGCUUUUGGGAACAUGGGUCUGAACUGUGUCCAGCUGUCGUUUGCCCAAAUGAUCUACACAACCACCCCGCUCUUCACCUUGGCCAUCUCCACGCUGGUCCUGGGCAAACGACAUCACAUCCUCAAGUACACAGCCAUGAUGCCCAUCUGCCUGGGAGCCUCCUUCAGCAUCAUGGGAGAGGUCCAGUUUGAUCAGACCGGUUGCUUCUUUGUGUUUGCAGCAACCCUGUUGAGAGGCGUCAAGUCAAUUCAGCAGAGCAUCUUACUUCAGGAGGAGAAGAUCAACUCUGUGUUCCUGCUCUACAUGAUGUCCAUUCCCAGCUUCUGCAUCUUGUCCGUGGCAGCUCUGGCCCUGGAGAACUGGUCUCUGCUGGAGUCGCCGUUUCAUUACGACCGCCACCUAUGGCUCUUCAUCUUGCUCAGCUGCCUGGGCUCGGUGAUGUACAACCUGGCCGGCUGCUUCGUCAUCACCCUCACCUCUGCCGUCACGCUGCAUAUCCUCGGCAAUCUGAGCGUGGUGGGGAAUCUGCUGCUGUCUCAGCUGCUCUUCGGCGGCGAGUUGUCCGCCCUCAGCUGCGCCGGCGCGGUGCUGACGCUGUCUGGCAUGCUCAUCUAUCAGAAUUCCGAGUUCAUCGUCGGCUUCGUGGACGCACGCAGGGCCAAAGCUGGGCAGUCUGGACCGGUGGACUCGGACAAAGCGAGUGCAUCCGAACCAACGUGUGCUCAACGGGGAACGAGCGAGAAACCGGAAGACAAGAUGGACUGAAGUGAAAAGAUGGAGAGAAUAAAACUAAACGAUAAAAUCCGUAACAUUCUGUCUAUGAGGGCGAGGAACCUUUUCAGGCCCUCAUUAGUGAUGAUGUGACGGAGCUUUUAUUUUACUGGUUUAAAAAAAAAAAAAAACGUCCUCACUGCCAUAUUAUUUCUCCUGUGGUCACACAGAAGUAGAGUCUGCAGAGAGGAAAAGGGAGCCUUUUAUUGUCACGCUAAGGGUUAAAUGCUCUCCUUCAUCUGUAAAUAACUCCUACGUAGCCUUUAGCGGUAUAUGCAUGAGCACACGAGACCGUGUGAUGCCUCUCACGGUGCUCCCACUGUCCCUCACACUUCACUGUGAACAUGGUGCCACUGGCAGAGGGCUCUCGUCGAUGUUUUGGUGGCUGCCGUUUAUAUCGUGGGAUGAGGAGACCGCCGCCUCAAAUCUGAACCGGCACAAUUUGUAUAAGACGUGCAUUAAUGGUACUGUAACCUGACAUUCACCCGGCGAUGGGAAGGGACUGGGUUUCUGGCAGCUAUUCUUUGGUUAGCAUGUGCACCACGAAGCUCGUUAAAAUAAGGACGCUCAAACAUUUAUUUAGAGGCAGAAGUUAACGAGACGCCUCUUUUCCUCCAAUCUUAUACAACGGUGUCCGCUCACUGCAGCUUUCCCUCCAUAAUUAGCUUCACACGUUCUCUAAGGAGUGUCACUCAACUAUAGCCGUCUUUUCCCUGUGGAGGAGAUGAGGAAACGGGAGAGGAGAUGUCCUAUAAGGUUGCUUCUUAAAUCCCAACCGUUGUCAUCCGUUCGGUUUGAUGGUUCCUUUUCUGUGAAAUGUUUUAUUUGUGUCUAAAUGACCAGCCCGUCUCUAAACACUGUCUGUCCUCUGCUGGAUGAUGUUUUUUUUAUUAAUAUUUGAAAAAAACUUUUAAUUAAUAUGAAUGGUUUUUUUUGUGACAACACAUUUUUUUCCCUUUCUUUGGAAUAUUAAUGUGGAAGAUAAUAAUAAUAAUUUAUUUUUGAAUGACCCUAGCAGUCAGUGGCUUUGUUCUGCUGUAGGCUUUGGUCCUCAGUGUCUUGUCCAUGUCCUGUGAGUCGGACAAUCGUCCCUCCUGACCUCUCUUUAGAGAACAGUCCGAUAUUCUAUGCAGAAGACUGCAUGUUGCUGCUCCUGAAAGUACCGCACACGAGCCAAGAUGUCUGUCACUGUGCACUCCCUCCUACAGUUCUGGUUCUCCUCAUGUCUUCAAAAGCUUUUUGUGGUCACACUGUCAAAAAUACUGAUUCCCUGAUUGAUCAGAAAUGAUCGUUUCUCACCUGCAGUUGAACUCUCACAAACACAACCACAACAAACCGUACGUCAGUUAAAUUUUUUUCAUUUUUUUUCAUCGCACUUGCCACAAUUUCCAUCAGAAUAACUACAAGUAGCAUUGUAUGCUGAACUAUUUCACUUAAUGCAUCACUGAUGUAAUAUUUCAAAGGUCAUAAAAUAACAUUCAUCAUAAAUUACCCCAAGAUACUUUUCAUGGAUAAAUGGCUUUGCUGGUUUAAUAUUUCAAACACUGAUGUCAGCAAAUCUCAAUUACAGGUUUAAAGAUCAUGUCCAGCAGCUCAUUUCACUCGUGUUACAUUAUUGAAUACCUCAGCUGUUAAAUUGGACUUGUUAUGCCCUUUUGUUCAUUGAUUAUUAACUAUUGGACUGAGAUCAAGCAGCUUCUCCAUAACCACAAUUCAACUGCAGCAUGUGAAUGGUGGAUUUGUUGAGAACUGUUGCACUUAAAGGUACGAAGACGUCAAAGCCUCUGCUUCCUGUGUACAUACUGGUUUUAGUUGUUUGCAAAGCUAGUUUGGUGUAAAUAGUUGUUUUAUGAUAAUGUAUUUUAUAGUCAUAUGGCUGGUUUAAACUAUACUGUUUUAAGAAUGAAACAUUUGCCUCAUGCCUUAUUUGGACAUACUGUAGAUAAGAAAGGAGUGGUUUUAUUUGUCAUUUUAUCAAGUUUAUUGAUUCAUACUUUGAAUGCCAGCUGCGGGUGCUUCUGUUUCGGGGCAUAUGGGUGACUCAUGUACACAUGAUCUGCAAUUGCUUGAAUAAUAAUAAUGUACAAUAAACAAUUACGAUACCAACCAA